CUUCUCGGGUCUUCCAUGGAUGAUGUAAUCAAGAAACGCUGGUUGGGAAAUGUCGACAUUGUGUUUGUGACUUGAAUUAUUUCUCGUAUCGUAUCGUUUGCACCAGCAUUUCACAGGUCGUCACGGGGAGUGGUCCAGUGCACGUCACACCCAGAAUUUCUGUUUGUUUAACAAAUAAUUCUACCGGUCUUGAGACGUUGCCAGGGAGACUUCAGUUUCUAUGGAGGUUGUCAUCUUGGAUAAAUGGUGUUGAAGUUCGACUAUUUUGAGCGUUUCCCAAUCUUGCAUGAACGUUAUCAUGGUAACAAAUGUGUCCGACGAGCAAGGUGUUGACGCAUUAACUAAUAGGUCUCACCUUAGCACCACUCCGUUAAAUGAUGAGUCCCAAAUCGCGUCAAACAUACUAAAAAUUGUGAUGAGGACGGACCCCAUCCUUGCUUCUUGUCUUUUGUGCGAGAUACAAAGGUCGACAAACUUUCGCAACAAUUUUAAGAGAUUCAUGUUUGAUGGACGAAUUAGUGAAAUAACUCAUUCAACAUUUGAAGUUGUCAAAUAUAACUGCAAUCGGAGAACAGCUAACGAUAAAUUGGUUUUGCUACUAAGACCGAGUAAAGAUGUUGAUCCAAGGACGUUCCGAAUAGGCCAAGAUUUGACAUGGUCCUAUCGCCUAAUACCACAGAUUUAUAUACGUCUACAUUUAGAAGAUAGUUUUUCCUGGUUGUCUACACUAGGAGGUGCAUACUCAUCUCUAGGGGACAAGUACCAUCAUUGUGAAGCAGUUUGA